UCUUGUUUCUCUGGAACAUUCGAAGCUUGCUGUACAAAGUCGCAGAAAGCACAUUUAUUUCGCUUAAAAAGUGCAUCGAAGCUAUAGAAAUAACGGAAAGAAUGAACGACAAGAGGAAAGAGCAAAUGCCAGAGGCGGGGCCAGAUAAUGCCACACUCAUCUUCACCAACAACGCAAAUGGAGUCUGGAAAAAGGAGAGUGGCGUAAUGUCGCCUCCUCUGCGCCAACUUAUGUUCUAUCUGGGCCAUUCCUUGCGCGUUGAGUUGAUCGGUGAUCUCUCCGCAUUUGGCUUUUUGGUGCGUGUGGACUUUGCUGCCAAUUUGAUGCUGCAGCACUGUGCCGUAUACAGGGGACUUGAUGAAGGCAUGUCCAUAGUUAAACCGCGCGAUCUGGGCUACACCGAGUUCAAGGGCACGGACAUCAUCUCGGUGUUUUUGUGUCCCAAAAAUUGCCCAUACUAAAUUGGAGGAGGAUUCAGCGCAACAUUUGGGAGUUAGAUUUAGGUGCAACAUCAAUCACUUUUUGU